AUGGAAAUGCUACUGUUUAGUGUCUGGGCCUUCCUGGCUUUGAUUUCUUCCCCAGGGACCACCAAAGGGCUGUUUGAGGUCUCUGUUCAGCCAGAACAGGCCCUGGUAAAGUUUGGACAGUCCCUCAUGAUCAACUGCAGCACGACCUGUCCAGACCCAGGACCCAGUGGGGUUGACACCUCCCUAAAGAAAACCCAGGUGGCCAGAGGGCCUCAGUGGAGGGAGUUCCUCCUGGAUGACGUCACAGAGAGCUCCACCCUGCAGUGCUUCUUCUCCUGCUCGGGGAUCCAAAAGGAUGCGAGCCUGGGCAUCACCAUGUAUCAGCCACCGGAGCAGGUGGUCCUGGAGCUGCAGCCUGCGUGGGUGGCCUUGGACGAAGUCUUUACAGUGAGGUGCCAUGUGCCCAAGGUAGCACCCCUGGAGAGCCUCACCCUUACCCUUCUUCAGGGUAACAAAGAACUAUAUAGAAAGAACUUUAUGAGCUUGGCUGUGGCCUCCGAGAGAGCUGAGGUCACCUUCAAUGUCCAAGCACAAAGGGAGGAUCACAGGUGCAAUUUCUCCUGCCACGCAAAACUGGACCUGAGUUCGCGUGGUGGAGGGCUCUUUCACUCCAGCUCAGCCAGCAGGGUGCUCCGGAUUUUUGAAUUCUCUCAGCGCCCCCAAAUCUGGGUCUCUCCACUUCUGGAGGUUGGGACGGCAGAGGCUGUGAGCUGUGAGCUGGCCAGGGUGUUCCCAGCCAAAGAGGUGACGUUCCACAUGUUCUUGGGAGACCAGGAGCUGAGCCCCUUCCUGUCCUGGGAGGGAGACACUGUGUGGGCCAAUGCCACUGUUCGGGCCAUGGAGACUGGCGAUCAGGAGCUGUCCUGCCACGUGUCUCUGGGUCCGAUGGAGCAGAAGGCGAGAGAGCUAGUGCACAUCUAUAGCUUCCCGCCACCAGUCCUGGAGGUAGAAGAAUUAACAUUGGUAGGGACAGACCUUAACGUGACCUGUUCGGGGCACGUGUUAACAUCGCCCAGCCCUACUCUUCGGCUCCAGGGAGCCCCAGUCCUCUCUGCCCCUGGGGAGCCCGUCUGGCUUUUACUUACCACCACAGAAGAGGAUGAUGGCCGGAAUUUCUCCUGUGAGGCCUCUUUGGAGGUUCAGGGUCAGCAGCUGAUCAAAACCACUACAGUCCAGCUCCAUGUCUUAUACAGGCCACGGUUAGAGGAAUCCGGUUGUCCCAGCAACCAGACCUGGGUGGAAGGGACGGAACAGAUGCUCGCCUGUGUCCCAAAGGGAAACCCAACUCCGUUGCUGGUGUGUACCUGGAAUGGAGUGGUCUUCGACCUUAAAGUGCCACAGAAGGCUACCCAGAACCACACUGGAAUCUACUGCUGCACGGCCACCAACCCGCUGGGCUCUGUCAGCAAAGACAUUGCGCUCAUUGUUCAAGGACUGGAUGAAGGAAUCAGCUCCACCAUCAUCAUCAUCAUUAUUGUCGCCCUUGGAGUGGGUGUCAUCACCAUCGCACUGUAUCUGAAUUACCAGCCCUGCAAGGUGGAGAAGAGGAAAUUGCCCUAUAGGCACAAAGAGAAGAGCAGAGUGGAGGAAAGCCAGUUCGAGGUUCAACAAGCAGAAAUAUGCAUCAUGCACAAUUGUUAA